AUUUUAUAAUUUGAUGGCGGAUAGAAGCUUGGCUGCCGGCGCGAAGCCUAUAUGGAUGAAACAAGCUGAAGAGGCCAAGCUGAAAAGUGAGGCAGAAAAAGAUGCGGCUGCCAAAGCGGCUUUUGAAGCCACAUUUAAAGAUGUUGAUAAGAGCUGUAACAAGGAUGUAUUGGCGGCUUCAUCGGAUAGUGAGUCCGAGGACGAUACCAGUGACUUGGUGGACAAGCCAAUUGGACCUGUGGAUCCUGCCAAGUGCAUGGCAGCAGGGCCAGGAAUAGCGGGCGGCACAGCCUGUGCAGCCUCCACGUUUAUGGUGUUGACGAAGGAUGCAGAUGGGAGGAAAGUACAGAGUGGGGGUGCGCAGAUUCAGGUGAAAGUUUCGCCGGGUGUUGGUGUUGGGGGAUCGGAUCAGGAGGGUAUUGUGAAGGAUAUGGGAGAUGGGACUUACACUGUGACUUAUGUGGUUCCCAAGAGAGGGAACUAUAUGGUGAACAUUGAAUGCAAUGGGAAACCGAUCAUGGGUAGCCCAUUCCCCGUGUUCUUCAGUACAGGUGCUUCUACUGGAGCUGUACUAGGGGUGGCUCCUGCAUCCACAUAUCCAAACCUUGUAAAUCAAACAAUGCCCAACAUGCCAAACUAUACGGGAUCUGUUUCUGGAGCUUUCCCUGGCUUGUUGGGAAUGAUCCCAGGCAUCGUAUCUGGUGCUUCAGGAGGUGCUAUUUUGCCAGGAAUGGGGGCAUCUCUUGGUGAAGUUUGUCGAGAAUACCUCAAUGGCCAUUAUGCCAAAACUGACUGCAAAUUGAACCAUCCUCCCCACAAUUUACUGAUGACUGCUUUGUCAGCAACAACCAGUAUGGGAACUCUCAGUCAGGUUCCUAUGGCACCUUCUGCAGCUGCAAUGGCUGCAGCGCAGGCUAUUGUUGCUGCUCAGGCCCUUCAAGCUCAUGCUGCGCAGGUGGCACAAACUCAGUCAACCAAAGGUUCAUCUUAUUCUCCUGACAAAGCUGCAAAGUGUGAUUCAUUGAAAAAAACCUUACAAGUUAGCAAUCUUAACCCACUUCUCACUGUGGAGCAGUUGAAGCAACUUUUUAGCUUCUGUGGUACAGUUGUUGAGUGUACAAUCACUGAUUCAAAGCAUUUUGCUUACAUAGAAUAUUCAAAACCCGAGGAAGCAACCGCUGCAUUGGCAUUGAACAAUAUGGAUAUUGGUGGUCGACCAUUAAAUGUGGAGAUGGCCAAAACUCUUCCUCCAAAACCAGCUAUUUCAUCAGUGACUUCUUCAUCUCUGCCUUUGAUGAUGCAGCAAGCUGUUGCCAUGCAACAGAUGCAAUUCCAACAGGCUUUGCUUAUGCAACAGACAUUGACUGCUCAGCAGGCAGCUAACCGGGCUGCAAGCAUGAAGUCUGCAACAGAGUUAGCUGCAGCAAGAGCUGCAGAAAUAAGUAAGAAGCUAAAAGCUGAUGGGCUUUUUACAGAAGAGAAGGAAACCAAGAGUAAAUCUAGGUCACCAUACACUUCCCGUGCAAGGUCAAGAUCCAAAUCAAAAUCACCCCUUAGUUACCGGAGAAGAUUAAGAUCCAAGUCAAGGUCACCAAUUAUUUAUAGAAGAAGGUCGAGGUCCAAGUCAAGAUCACCAAUCAGUUAUAGGCGAAGAAGGAGGUCUCGCUCUUAUUCACCUCUGCCUCGUUUCCGACGUGACCGUAGGUCCCGAUCACCUGUGCGGUCUCACCAUCGUUCAAGAUACGAAAGUGAACGACAUACUUAUAGAGAUAGGGAUGACAAUGGCAGGCGUAGCAGACGAGAUGCAGAGAGAUCACGUGAUAGCCAUUCAUCUAUUUCGAGGAGAAAUAGGAGUACUAGUCCUCCAAAUAGAAAAUCACCUCCUGUAGAUUCAGACUCCCCAAAACAGAGCAGAGAAAGUUCACCUAGGCUUAGGAAAUCAGCCCGUCCUGGUUCAACAUCACCAGGGCGGCAGAGAAGAAAUAGGUCAUCCCCAAAGCAUGAUGAUGAAAGAAGAUUGAAAUAUAGAAAGCGCUCUAGAUCAAACUCUGCUGAUUCUGACAACAAAAAGAAUGAAAUCCUAGAUGAAAAAACAAAACACAGCAGUAGAAGGCUAUCCAGGUCAUUAUCUUCAGAAGGUAGACAUCACAAAAGGAGGUCUUCUGCUGAUGAAAACAAUUCAAAACACAGAAGGCGGUCCAGAUCAGUUUCUGUAGAAGACAAGGUUCACUCGAACAGUAAAAUUGAUGAAGUGAAAAAAGAUGAAUUGAAACAUAGUGAAAGAAGGCGGUCCCGAUCAGGAUCUGCUGAAGGUAGGCAUUAUGCCAAAGAGAGGAGUGAAAGAAGUAGAGAUAGGAAAUCUAAGCAUCAGGAUAGAAGGUGGUCGAGGUCGAGAUCUGCUGAUGGCAAGCAUCGGGAUAGAGAGCGAUCAAGGUCGAGAUCUGCUGAUGGCAAGCAUCGUGAUAGAAAGCGGUCAAGGUCAAGAUCUGCUGAUGGCAAGCAUCGUGAUAGAAAGCGAUCAAGGUCAAGAACUGCUUAUGGCAAGCAUCACAGAGGAAGCAGGCGGUCCUCCCAAAAUUCUGAUGAAAAUAGAUCAAAACACCGAAGGCGUUCCAGGUCAAGGUCUACCGAGGGCAAACAUUGUUCUGCUGAUAAAAUAGAUGAAAAAUCAAAACGUCAUGAAAAAAAACAUUUAUUAUCUCCUGAAGCUAUGCCUGCUAGAGGAAGCAGAUCUUCUCCAAGAAGUUCUGAAGACAAUGAUUCAAGGCACAGAAGGCGAUCAAGGUCAAAGUCAGUUGAAGGGGAUGACAAGAUUUUGGUUUCAAAAUAUGAGACUUAUGACUCAAAAGUUUCAGUACAUGAUGAUCAGGAACUGAAAAGCAAAUAUUUUCCGAAGUUUGGCAGGGAUAAAGAAAUCUCUCCAUAUAGCAGAUUGAAUGCAGAUGAGCAAAACGAACUUGGAAGAUCAGGUAGUAAGCAGUGGCUUGAUAGUAAUGGAUCAGAAGAUUAUUCAAUUUCACCUCAGCAGAAAUGAUCUGUGGGCUUUGCAUGCUACUGAACCUUAGCUGUUCCAAGUUGUCUGAGUGCUCAGUCUCCACUUUGGCCUUUGUUCAAUCCAAACUUGUUCAGAUAUGAACAAGUUAUCUAAGUUUAAUGAGAGCUUUUGGCUCCCAUAUGAACAACAGUUCACUUAAGACAUUGCUCAGUGUUUCAUUUCGUGCUUGGAUUUUUCAGACAUUUGUUGUUUCUUCAUAAAUGUAUGCCAUUGUGCUCCUUUAUCC